AUGCCCGAAGGAGACGCAGCAGCAGGCGCCGCGCCUGCUGCGCGGCAAGAGGAAGGCGGCUCCUCCCUCAUGUCGAGAAUAGGGUGGGGUCUCGCCAUGUACAUGGGAAUGCAGUUCCUCAUGAAGCAGUUCGUCCCAGCUGCUCCGCAGAGCAAGACCGUCACCGACGCCUCGGGCCAAACGGUCCAGGUCCCCGCGAACACCGCCGACAUCCCCCCUUAUGCUCUACGGCCCAAGUCCCUGGACGAAGGCGCCACUUGGAAUCCCGUCCCACAGAAGGUCGCACCGCUAUGGCCCGACGACAGCGUUGUCGACAUCAUCAUCACACUCUCGGACUCUGUCAGGCCCACCCCGCUCAAGGAUACUCCCGAGGAGAUGCUGGUUUUCAAGGAGCAAGACUUCAAGAUUGGCAAUUGGAGCGAGAAGCGUUCCGUCGACACUACAAUCCAAGUUCCCAAGGCCGUCCAGAACAACGGAACUCUUUGGGGACACUUCUACAUUGGUCUGCACGGUGACUCCCGUCUCGAUCCGACGCAGCCAGGCUACGAUCCGGCCAAGGCCUACUACUUUGCCUACCCCUUUACCCAGUACAUCCCGAAGAAGAAGGUCAAGAAGGUCCACAACCUACUGGAAAGCAAGAACAUCACCGAAGCUGAGAAAACCGAGGAAGAGGAGACAGGUCCUAUCAUCGUCGGCAACUACUAUCACCCCAACACCUCCUUGUCCUUCGUCCCUGGUGCUGGCACCAUUAUGUACCCAACCGCCAGCGGUGCUAUCCGGCAAUUCCUCCAUCUCGAGCCUACCGGCGCCCGCGAUGGAUCGGGUCAAAAUUCGUGGUAUUAUCCUAUCCUGUUCGCCAACGGCUUUUGGCAGCUGAAGAGCCACCACAACCUUGUCAAUGAGACAGUCAAAACUCUACCCGUCCAUAUUGAGCUGAACAACUUGGCCCAAUGGAAGUUUCAGGUAAUGGCCUCCAUUGAACUCGGAGGCAGAGAGUCCGCGCGUCAAGCUGCCUUUGGUAACCCCGUUGCUGGUGGUGGUGAUGGCAGCGAGAUCGAGAUGAUCAAGGAGAUCUUCCUCGACACCAACCCUAUUCUGCUCGGUAUUACCAUCGUGGUCAGCAUUGCGCAUCUGAUCCUCGAGACCCUGGCGUUUGGUUCGGACAUUGCUCACUACCGCAAGAAGAAGGAUAACGUUGGCAUCUCUGUCCGGUCGAUCCUUGCCAAUGUCUUCAUGCAGACAGUCAUCUUCCUCUACCUCGUGGACAACUCGCAGAAUACAAGCUGGAUGAUCCUAGGCUCCCAGGGUGUCGGUAUCGUCAUCGAACUGUGGAAGAUCACGACAGUGGUCAAUAUCAGGGUACGCGAUGCGGAACCUGGCUCAUGGUUGCCGAAGAAGGUAGUCUUUGAGGACAAGCACAAGCUCAGCGAGACCGAGGAGAAGACGAAAGAGUACGACGAGAUUGCAUUCAAGUAUCUGUAUUGGAUUGGCGCCCCGCUGCUGGUCGCAUACGCUAUCUAUUCGCUCGUGUAUGAUGAGCACAAGUCGUGGUACUCAUUCAUCAUCGCCACACUCGUGGGCUCCGUCUACGCCUACGGCUUCUUGAUGAUGGUCCCCUCGCUCUACAUCAACUACCGCCUGAAGAGCGUCGCUCACAUGCCAGGCAAGGCAAUGAUGUACAAGUUCUUGAACACCUUCAUCGACGACUUGUUCGCCUUCACGAUCAAAAUGCCGCUGCUACACCGUCUUGCGACCUUUCGAGACGACAUCAUCUUCUUCGUCUACCUGUACCAGACUUGGGCAUACAAGGUGGACUAUACCCGAGUGAACGAGUUUGGCCAGGGUGGUGAAGACGAGGACACCGCAGAGGAAAAGAAGGACAGCAAGGAGCUCCCUGCCCCGGCCAAGGAUGAUGUGCCGGUUGCCGUGAAGGCCACAGGUGCGUCUGGUAGCGCGGGCGGUGCUACGAAGAGGAAGUAG